GGGAGGAAAAGCUGCGAACGCACGUUCUGAAGGGGCUGUGCCAGAGCGUCGGCUCUGGCCGCCCGGGCGGCCGCUGCGCGUGCGCAGAGGUGUAGUUCUGAAAGGUGCGCGGAAGCUGGAGGUGCGGACGCUGGGCCCUAGAAAGGAGUAUGUCUUAAAUGACCUCACACCCUUGACCACUGGUCCUGGGCCAAGAUGGGCCAGAGUCCUUACCCAGCAUUUUUUGAACUGAAACCGAGAAAGAAAAUCCCUCUCCAGUAUGGAAGCCAUAAAAUGUAAAACACAGGAGCUGUCAGCAGCCAUGUGUCCUGCACGAUGGAACCAGCUGGUCUGCAGUGAAAGAAGCGCAUGCCAAGCUCAGAGAACCAUGUGUGAUCAGUACUGCAUCUCCUUUGCUGAUGUUGAAAGAGCUCAUGUCAACAUUCGAGAUUCUAUCCAGCUCACACCAGUGCUAACAAGCUCCAUUUUGAAUCAAGUAUCAGGGCGCAGUCUUUUCUUCAAAUGUGAACUCUUCCAGAAAACAGGAUCUUUUAAGAUUCGUGGUGCCCUGAAUGCUGUGAGACGCUUAAUUCCUGACAUUUCAGAAGGGAAACCCAAAGCUGUUGUUACUCAUAGCAGUGGCAACCAUGGCCAAGCUCUCACCUAUGCUGCCAAAUUGGAAGGGAUUCCUGCUUAUAUUGUGGUGCCCCGAACGGCUCCAAACUGUAAGAAACUGGCAAUACAGGCCUACGGAGCUUCUAUUGUCUACUGUGAACACAGUGAUGAGUCUCGAGAAAAGGUUACAAAAAGAAUUUUGGAAGAAACAGAAGGCAUCAUGGUACAUCCCAAUCAGGAGCCUGCAGUGAUCGCUGGACAAGGAACAAUUGCUCUGGAAGUGCUGAACCAGGUUCCCUUCCUGGAUGCAUUGGUGGUACCAGUAGGGGGAGGAGGAAUGGUUGCUGGAAUAGCAAUCACAAUAAAGGCCAUGAAACCCAGUGUGAAAGUAUAUGCUGCUGAACCCCGGAAUGCAGAUGAUUGCUACCAAUCCAAACUAAAAGGACAACUGACCCCUAAUCUUCAUCCUCCAGAAACCAUUGCAGAUGGUGUCAGAUCCAGCAUUGGCUUAAACACAUGGCCUAUUAUAAGAGACCUUGUGGAUGAUGUCUUCACUGUCACAGAGGAUGAGAUUAAGCGUGCGACCCAGCUGGUGUGGGAGAGAAUGAAACUACUCAUUGAACCCACUGCUGGUGUUGGAGUGGCUGCUGUGCUGUCUCAGAAUUUUCAAACUGUUUCUCCAGAAGUGAAAAACAUCUGUGUUGUGCUCAGUGGUGGAAAUGUAGACUUAACCUCCCUAACUUGGGUAAAGCAGGCUGAAAAGUCGAUUUCUGUUUAAUUUAUGUAAAAGAAAGAGAUGGGAUUCACUGUUCCAGUAUACACGAAAAAUUUUCCCAUAUAUCAUAGUUUUUGGUCUAAGUAAUAGUAUAAAAAGAUCUCCCCCCCCAAAAAAAAAAAUCUCAGUACUUGUUAAUGCCAAGAUUAGAUUUUUCUAAGUGGCCAGCAUUAGGCUAAAGUAGAAAACACAAACUGUCUAAUUACAAUCAGAAGGCUCCCACUGCUUGAGUGCUGACUGGCAGCAGUUAAAACAGAAUCCCAUUUAAUCCACUAUUCCACAUCCAUUUCAGGUACUAUUGAAGCCUCAUUUUUCACCCAAGGUAUUGGUUCUGGUACAUGAGGAUCAUAAGUCCAUUUGGGAAAAACCCGUUUAUAGAGGUUCAUUAGUACCGUGUCCUGAGAUUUUAGCUUCCCAUCAAAACUGCACUUCAUGUGUCCAUGGGUACCUAGAAUGAAAACAGCAAGUUGGUAAAACUAAAGUAGAAAAUCAGGGAUGGAGAGGUGGUUCAGUGAUUACGAUGUCUGCAAAGCCUAAGGACCUAAGUUCCAUUCAUUCCCCAUUACUCAAAAGUGGUGCAUGCAUCUGGAAUUCAUUUGCAACAGCUAGAAGAGGC